AUGGCGGGCCAACUAAAAAGCAAUCACUUUAUCCGCGUUACGCCGUCCACUUUGGAAGCCUACGUACAGUACUCGAGUUUAUUAACGGCAGACCAGCCGCAAGAAAAAUUAGGCCGCUGGCACACGGGGACAGCACACGUCACGAGUGACAGGCUCGACGCGCCCGCGGGAUCUCCCCCGGAGCGGUUUUAUAGCCUGAACGAAAACUCACGCGACGAUAGGCCACCGCUUGCAGUCCAACGGACGGUAGCUAGUAACUGGUCACGAUUGGCACGCGUCCAACUUGAACGAGAGAGGGAUGAGCCAGCGACAAUGAACUCUAAGGUGAAAGCAAAAGGGAAGAAAUCGUUUAGGCCACGAGAGAAUGUUGGAGGCGAAAGAUUGCCUGGCGUAGAGUGGUAUUUUGAUGGAUAUACGAUGGGGAAAUCGCAAUUAGAUAAGAGCGGAAUGGACAGUGACAGUGACGGACAAAAGUGCGACUUUUAUUUCGUAACAGUAACACAACCAUACACCCGACCAGGCAACUGGUUGGAUGAGGCUGCAGCGGCCUUGAGCUCCAAACGACCACUCAGAUGCCUGGUGCAGAAAGCAACGGGGAACUACUGCACAACUCUCCCAAGGAAACCACAUGAAAUAUUGCACGUGGUCACGAUCCUCAGCAUUGAGGGGAUGUGGACGAAGAGAGGAGUAACUACACCCACCCUUAUCACUUGUGAAACAAACCUGAGACGG